GUGGGGGCAGGGGCGGGCGCGGGAGCAGCCCGGGGCCCGAGAGGGAGCUCGAGCCAGGCCAUCUCCAACCAUGUCCGACGAGACGUCGGCCACCACUUCGUACGAGAAGUUUCUAACCCCCGAGGAACCCUUCCCGCUCCUGGGACCCCCUCGCGGAGUGGGCACGUGCCCAAGCGAGGAGCCGGGCUGCCUGGACAUCAGCGACUUCGGCUGCCAGCUGUCCUCCUGCCAUCGCACCGACCCACUCCACCGCUUCCACACCAACAGGUGGAACCUAACUUCUUGUGGAACAAGUGUUGCCAGCUCAGAAUGCAGUGAGGAGCUGUUUUCAUCCGUUUCUGUUGGAGAUCAAGAUGAUUGCUAUUCUCUGUUAGAUGAUCAAGACUUCACUUCUUUUGACUUAUUCCCUGAGGGGAGUGUCUGCAGUGAUGUCUCUUCUUCUAUUAGUACUUACUGGGAUUGGUCAGAUAGCGAGUUUGAAUGGCAGUUACCAGGCAGUGACAUUGCCAGUGGAAGUGAUGUACUUUCUGAUGUCAUACCCAGUAUUCCAAGUUCACCUUGCCUGCUUCCUAAAAAGAAAAACAAGCACCGGAAUUUAGAUGAGCUUCCUUGGAGUGCAAUGACAAAUGAUGAGCAGGUGGAAUAUAUUGAGUAUCUGAGUCGGAAAGUCAGUACUGAGAUGGGUCUUCGGGAGCAACUUGAUAUUAUUAAGAUCAUUGAUCCUUCUGCUCAAAUCUCCCCUACAGACAGUGAGUUUAUUAUUGAACUUAACUGUCUCACAGAUGAAAAACUGAAGCAGGUCAGAAACUAUAUCAAGGAGCACAGCCUUCGCCAACGGCCUGCAAGAGAGGCCUGGAAGAGAAGCAACUUUAGUUGUGCAAGCACCAGUGGAGUGAGCGGUGCCAGCGCCAGCAGCAGCAGCGCCAGCAUGGUCAGUUCUGCAAGCAGCAGUGGGUCCAGUGUUGGAAACUCUGCUUCAAACUCCAGUGCCAACAUGAGUCGAGCACACAGUGACAGCAACCUGUCUGCAAGUGCAGCAGAGCGGAUUCGGGAUUCAAAAAAGCGAUCCAAGCAGCGGAAGUUACAGCAGAAGGCCUUCCGCAAGAGGCAGCUGAAAGAGCAGAGGCAGGCUCGGAAGGAGAGACUCAGCGGGCUCUUCCUUAACGAAGAGGUGCUGUCCUUGAAAGUCACUGAGGAAGACCAUGAAGCAGAUGUUGAUGUUUUGAUGUAAUAAGGGUGAAUUUGUCAGCAUUCUUUCUAAGCAUUAAAGUAUUCUAUCCUUA